UCAUAAUCCAAAACAUAGAUUUUUUGGUUAUGUUGAUUAAGCUGUAUAUGUAAUACACUUAUUUAGUUUAAAAUUUGUUUUGUGGUUAAUAUAUGCAGUGAAACAAUCUCAUAGAUUAUUUAAAUAAGCUUAGUAUUAAUAAACUCGAACCGCUAUGUAUUCAACCAUUCCAAUUCAAAGACAGUGGGCGAGACUUGCACAUGUCUGUCGAGCUUUAUCGUCAUUGGAGGGCCACAAGCUACCUGUAGGUAGAAAAUCAAUAGACGGUAUUUCACCGCCAUUGCGCAUAUCCCGGUCUCCUACCGACAUACUGCAGGCGUUGGCUGCCACGGUCGGUGUCGAUCCUACAGCUCCUCAUUACAAGUAUCAUGACGACCCUUUCCUCAUACCUCAGUCCAAUUAUCGAAAGCGAGCAUAUGCACUAUCUGCUGAGGCAGGACGUAAAGCUGCCACCUGGAUAAGGGAUGAACAAGCACAUUUAUUUACUACUCGAGAAUGGGAUCCCCCAAUGAAAAUGAAGACUCCAUAUUUUAAUGCCGACCCACAUAUUGAUGCAUUUACUCCAAGACCAAUUUAUAAUGAUGAAAGCAAGGUCACUGAAGAAGAUCUUUUAUACACAAUAAACAAUGCCCUUCUAGAUGAUGCUAUAAAAGUAUACCAACUCUUAGCAGCAUCGGAGGGUGUUAAUGAUGAACUGAAACUGUCACUGCUUCAAUUAUUAUGUUUUUAUAAUGAAAAAGAACCCAUUGGGGCUGAAUGGUUGGAGGAAAGGUGGUUUGCUGCAGCUACAAGAGAACGACAAGCUGCCACAUGGAAGUUAGGUGGGCUUGCCGACAAGAUCUUUGCUUCAAUGGAUCCGAAAACACCUGAAGCUUAUUGCACUCUCAUUCAAGGAAUGGCAAAAUAUUAUCAGGCUGAGCGAGCGCAUGCAUUCGCUCAAGAGGCGAUAGAAAAAGGUGUUCCCUUGUCUACCGGAGUUUAUAAUUCCCUACUCAGUUGUGUCGGUUUUCUUAAAGAAGGCACGGCCUUACGUAUAGAGGCGUUAAAGGGACUUCUAACUGAAAUGAGUGACCAGGGUAUCUCGCCAAACGCAGAUACGUUAACAGCGUGCUUACGUUCAAUAUCUGCUUGGGGUGGAGGACAAAUAUUGCAAACGAUUGCAUUACAAAUAAUGGCAGAAUUCAAAGAAUUGAAGAUUCAGCCGAGCCUUUCCGCUUAUUACUACAUGUUGUGUUUAUUCUGUAAAGAACGUGGACAGCGCAUAGACAUAUUGACAUCUAUAUUGACUGAUUUAGAAAAUAGAGAAUGUUUGGAGGCAUCAGAUGCUAUGGAUACACAUUUCUUCAUCACGGCUAUAGGAGUGUGUAGCGACCAUUUACAGGACAUAAAUCUUGCCGAGCGUGUACACGCAUUACUAAUGAAAGAUGAUAACUACAAGUUGGUAGGAGACGCGUAUAAAGAAAGUAUUUAUUAUAGGCAUUUGGUCACGGUGACAUGCAGACACGCCCCAUUCGAGAAAACGGCACAGUUGUUGGAUAUGUUAAUACCAAACAUAUAUGUGCCAGAGCCAUCUGUUAUGGAAGAGAUAAUAAAUACAUUGGAAGUAGCUGGGGCUGGUGAUAGACUCGCCGAAGUUUGGUCCCAACUUGUUGUAUUUGGUCUCGCGAAAAGAAUUAAAAUUGUUGAACAAUUACUGAAUGCACUCUGCCAAUGCUAUACUUACCAAGAUGAUGAAAUCAAAGAGAAAAUCCGAAACGCCGCAGCGGAUAUGCUAAAGUUUGGACAAUUGAUUGAAGAACAGAAUGAAAAUAGAAGGACACCCACACAACAGUUAUCAGCAACGGCUUUAGCGAAUAUAAUAGAUUUGUGUGCUGACGUAAACGAUAAAGCCGAUCCCAGCUGGGAGGUUGUUGGAGAGGCUUUGGGAAGGCUUCGAUCGGAGCAGGCCGUUGGCGUACCGGAUAAACCUGAAAUAUUGGCGUCGGUCGCGAAAAAGGCUGCUAACAUCGGAAAACCGGGCAUCGCAGCUACUGCACUAACCUACCUUGCCGAGUGUGGUUUUGAAGAAGCAACGAAAGCAUGUGUGGAGACACUUGGAGUUAUGUUGAAUAGACCAACUGAUGAAGUCCAGACGUUACUGCAGGAGCCGAAAUCUGCCCUUGUAGCUUCAUUGCACCCUUCGGCCCUUGUCAUCGCAGAAGCUUUUCAUCUAGCUAAAACUGGUGCAUCCAUGGAUUCCUCGAGUUCGGACAGUGAUAGCGAUUCUUCGGACAGUGAUUAGAUUUAGUUUUUAGUGAAUAAUAAUUUAGUUGGAAAUAAAAUAAUAGUCAGUA